GCAUUUAACAAGGCCAUAGCUAAUCAGAAUGCCAGCAGUACCAGGGGAUAUUCCUGGAAUUCCACGAGCCCAGGGACUAUAUAAUCCAGAAUAUGAAAGUGAUGCCUGUGGUGUAGGAUAUAUUGUCAGUAUAGAUGGAGUCAAGUCGCAUAAGAUAUUACGAGAUGCCCAGAUUAUGCUUCAGCGUAUGGAACACAGGGGAGCCUGUGGGUGUGACAACGAUACUGGAGACGGCGCUGGUGUCAUCACAGCCAUACCCCAUGACCUCUAUGCUAAGGAACUCAAAGAAGAACAAAGUAUUGAGUUACCAGAAGCUGGGAGCUAUGCCACAGGAAUGAUGUUUAUAGACAAGGAUAAAGGUCCAGAAAUCAAAUCCAUUUUUGUGAAGUUUGCUGAGAACUUUGAAUUGAAGGUAAUAGGAUGGAGAAGCCCACCAGUGGAUAGGUCUGUUAUUGGGAGUAUAGCCCAGACCACAGAACCAUUAAUAUUACAGGUUUUUGUCACUGGCAAAAAGGAUCCGAAAGAGUUUGAAAGACAGGUGUACCUACUGAGGAAGUAUAGUACUCAUCAGAUACCAGAACGUGGAUUGAGAUUCUACUUUUGUAAUCUAUCUCCACAAACUAUCAUUUACAAGGGACUGUUCAACACCAGUCAGCUAUGGAAGUACUACAAAGACCUGAUAAAUCCGGAGUUUUUAACUCAUUUGGCUUUAGUUCACAGCAGGUUUUCAACCAAUACAUUUCCAAGCUGGGAAAGAGCCCAUCCAAUGAGAUAUCUUGCCCACAAUGGAGAAAUAAACACACUAAGAGGUAACAGGAAUCUAAUGAGGGCCAGAGAAGGGGUGAUGCACAGUGAAAAGUUUGGAGACAAGUUAAAUCUCCUCUAUCCUGUAGUAGAGAAAGCCCAGUCAGACUCUGGCUGUGUGGACAAUGUAUUGGAGUUUCUUUGUUUUGCUGGAGGAAGAGAGCUACCUGAGGCUGUGAUGGCUAUGGUACCUGAAGCCUGGCAGAAUGACAAUAUAAUGACCAAGGAGAAGAAGGACUAUUACAGGUGGAGUGCCUAUGCCAUGGAACCUUGGGAUGGACCAGCAUUGAUGACAUUUACGGACGGAAGGUUCAUUGGGGCUACUCUGGACAGAAACGGUCUACGUCCAUCUAGAUUCUAUGUAACCAAGUCUAAUCAUAUGUAUAUGUCUAGUGAAGUUGGAGUUGUUGAUAUAGACCCAUCAGAGGUUCUACAGAAAGGGCGUCUUAAACCAGGCAGGAUGUUGUUGGUCGACACCAAAAAGAAAGUUUUUAUGAAUGAUGACGUACUGAAAGCUGAUAUGGCAAAUCUGAGACCAGUAGCAAAGUGGUUACAACAGACUGUGACGAUGAAAGAAUUGAGAGCUGUACAUGAUCAGAACAAAGUUGUCAGGGUUCCAGUAACACGUGUCAAAUCAGAACAUGGUGGCUGGAUGGAAGAAGAUCCGAGAUUAUCCUUGCAUGGAUUCUCCGUGGAAAUUGUCAACUUACUGAUCCUGCCCAUGAUUAAAGACAAGAAAGAAGCAUUAGGAUCCAUGGGUAAUGAUGCUCCACUUGCCUGUCUGUCCAAGUACAAUCCACUUAUAUUUGACUAUUUUAAGCAGUUGUUUGCCCAGGUUACUAAUCCACCCAUAGAUCCAUUCAGAGAGAAGAUUGUCAUGUCAUUGGCUUGUCCAAUAGGACCAGAAGCUAAUAUAUUGGAGCCCAGUGAACAACAGUGUCAGAGGAUCUGGCUGGAACAACCUAUUCUGUCAUUGCCUGACCUUGAGGUCCUUAAAUAUGUGGAUCAUAAUGGAUGGAAGACAAAGGUGAUAGACAUUGUAUAUCCAGUGUCUGCUGGAUUUGAAGGACUGGUCCCUUGUUUAACAAGAAUCAUGAAGGAAGCAGAGGAAGCUGCUAGUCAAGGUUACAAACUUAUCUUGUUGUCAGACAGGAAGACUUCUAAGGACCAUGUGCCUGUACCGAGUUUGUUAGCUGUUGGUGCUGUACAUCACCACCUGAUUGAAAAGACACUGAGGUUAAAGGUCGGAAUCAUACUGGAGACUGGAGAAGCUAGAGAGGUUCACCACUUGUGUACCUUACUGGGUUAUGGAUUAGAUGCUAUUUGUCCUUACCUAGUAUUUGAGACAAUAAAACGAGUGAGAGAAGAUGGACUUUUAGACCCUCCAUUGUCUGAUCAUGAAAUCUAUACCAACUACAGGGAUGCUUGUGCUAGGGGAAUAUCUAAGGUCAUGGCUAAAAUGGGAAUCUCAACGCUUCACAGUUACAAGGGAGCUCAGAUAUUUGAAGCAGUUGGUCUACACAAGGAAGUGAUUGAUUUGUGUUUUGAGGGUACAGCAUCUCGCAUAGGAGGUUGCACUUUCAAAGAAUUAGCAAAGGAGACAUUUAACAGACAUCAGUUGGCAUAUGAAGAGAGAAAUUGUGACAAUCAAGUUGUGAUGAAUCCAGGUCUUUACCAUUGGAGAGAUGGAGGAGAAAAGCACAUGAAUGACCCUAUGACUAUAGCCAAUCUACAGGAUGCUGCGAAGAACAAUAACACAGAUGCUUAUGAUAGAUUUAAAGAAUCUUCUCAGGAGAGUACACAGAAAUGUUCUUUACGAGGACAGAUGGACUUCAUAUUUGGUGAUAAUCCCAUAGAUAUAUCAGAAGUGGAAGAAGCCAAAGAAAUUGUUAAAAGAUUCUGUACAGGUGCCAUGAGUUUUGGUAGUUUAUCUAUAGAGGCUCACACCACUUUAGCAAUAGCUAUGAACCGGGCUGGAGGGAAAUCAAACACGGGUGAAGGUGGGGAGGACGCUGAAAGAUAUCUCAAUGAAGAUCCUAUGUUUAACAAAAGGUCAAAGAUCAAACAGGUAGCUUCUGGAAGGUUCGGAGUAACCAGUUCAUACCUAGCCAAUGCUGAUGAACUACAAAUAAAGAUGGCACAAGGAGCUAAGCCAGGAGAAGGUGGAGAAUUACCAGGACAUAAGGUGUCAAAGGAAAUAGCAACAACAAGACACUCCAUACCAGGAGUAGGACUUAUCAGUCCUCCACCUCAUCAUGAUAUUUAUUCCAUUGAAGAUCUGGCAGAGCUGAUUUAUGAUCUGAAAUGUUCUAACCCAGAAGCACGUAUAAGUGUAAAGUUGGUAUCAGAAGUGGGGGUAGGAAUUAUCGCAGCUGGGGUGGCCAAGGGUAAAUCUGAGCACAUAACUAUAUCUGGUCACGAUGGUGGGACUGGUGCCAGUAGUUGGACAGGGAUAAAGAAUGCUGGCUUACCAUGGGAACUAGGGAUCAGUGAGACACAUCAGACCCUUGUGAUGAGUGAUCUCAGAUCUAGAGUUGUGUUGCAGGCUGAUGGACAGAUCAGAACUGGUAAAGAUGUAGUGAUAGCUGCCAUGUUGGGAGCAGAUGAGAUGGGAUUCAGUACAGCACCAUUGAUAGCUAUGGGAUGUACAAUGAUGAGAAAAUGUCACCUCAAUACCUGUCCUGUUGGCGUAGCAACUCAGGAUCCUGAAUUGAGAAAGAAGUUUGCAGGAAAACCAGAAUAUGUUGUCAACUAUUUGUUCCUGAUUGCAGAAGAUGUAAGAAGUAUACUGGCAAAGAUGGGAUUUAGAAGAUUACAGGACUUGAUUGGCAAAACUGAUAGAUUGAAAUUUGCACCAGAUCCAGAAAAUCACAAGGCUAAAUUGCUGGAUUUCAGUAAGAUCUUAAAGAAUGCAUUAGAUAUGAGACCAGGAAUCAACAUUAAAGGAGGUAGUAUACCACAGCUCUUUGAACUAGAGAAACGAUUGGACUAUAAAGUGUAUGCACAAGCCAAAGAUGUAAUAGAAGGACUGAAGAAAAAUGUGGAAAUAGAGAUGAAUAUUACCAAUGAAGAUAGAACAUUUGGAACUACUCUCAGUUACUACAUAUCCAAAAAAACAGUAGAAGCAGGUCUCCCGGAUAAGAGUAUUGUGCUGAAAAUGAAGGGGUCAGGAGGUCAAAGUUUCUGUGCCUUCCUAGCUAAAGGUGUUUAUGUUGAACUUGAAGGAGAUGCCAAUGAUUAUGUUGGAAAGGGCCUGUCUGGAGGAGAGAUUGUGAUCUACCCACCAAAGAAUAUUUCAGAAGGAUUUCAAUCUGUGAAUAACAUUAUAGUUGGUAAUGUAGUGUUGUAUGGCGCCACAUCUGGCAGGGCAUUCUUUAGAGGACAGACAGCUGAGAGAUUCUGUGUUAGGAAUUCUGGUGUAACAGCUGUCAGUGAGGGAUGUGGAGAUCAUGGAUGUGAAUAUAUGACUGGUGGUAGAGUGGUCAUCCUGGGUCUGACUGGACGUAACUUUGCUGCUGGAAUGUCUGGUGGAAUUGCUUAUAUUUAUGAUAAAACACAAGUGUUUGCUAAAAAAUGCAACAUGGAAUCUGUCAGCCUGAAUCCUUUAGAUCUUCAGGAAGAUUUGACCUUUGUGAAGGACCUCCUAGCAGAGUUCAAGGGUAAAACAGGGUCAGAAGUUGCAGCAUUCAUACUAGAUAACUGGGAAGCUGAAAGGAAAUGUUUUGUUAAGGUAUACCCCCAUGAAUACCGAAGAGUUGUAGAAGAAAAAGCUGCAGAUGAGGCUGCUGAAAAAUUGAAAAAGGAACAAGAAAUGAAGGAUAAAUUGGUGAAUGGAGAGGAAAAUGAUGAAGAUGAGAAGGAAUACGAUGAGGAUAUGAUAAAUACUAUAGAGGAAGAUGAUGAAGGAGAGAGCAAGGUUAAACCAGAAGCCAAGAAGGUUGUGGAUAUAGAGGAUGCAAUCCCUGAUGGUGAAAUGAAUAAAAAGAAGCUUGAUAAGUUAAGAGGUUUUAUGAAGUACCCAAGAUCAUCAAACCAAUAUAGGGAAGUGGAUACUAGACAGAAAGACUGGAAAGAGAUCUACAAUCAUAAAGGUGUCAAGGCAGGUCUUAAAGUACAGGCAGCAAGGUGUAUGGAAUGUGGUGUACCCUUUUGCCAAUCAGAUCAUGGAUGUCCCCUCAGUAAUAUUAUCCCUAAAUGGAAUGAUCUAGUUUUCAAGAGCAAUUGGAAAGAAGCUCUUAAUCAGCUGCUGCAGACAAACAACUUCCCAGAAUUCACUGGUAGAGUUUGUCCAGCCCCUUGUGAGGGAGCUUGUGUAUUAGGAAUCAAUCAGCCAGCUGUAACCAUAAAGAACAUUGAAUGUGCUAUCAUUGACCAUGCCUUUGAGAAAGGUUGGAUCAAGCCUGAGCCUCCUGUAACUAGAACUGGUAAAUCAGUGGCUAUUGUAGGAAGUGGACCUUCAGGAUUGGCAGCUGCUGCUCAACUUAACAAGGCCGGACACACUGUGACAGUAUUUGAGAGAAAUGAUCGUGUUGGAGGGUUAAUGAGAUAUGGUAUACCAACCAUGAAGUUAGGCAAAGAUGUUGUGCAGAGGAGAGUAGACCUUAUGGAACAAGAGGGAAUAGAAUUCCAGUGUAAUGUUGAAGUAGGGAAGAAUAUGUCUGCUGAAGAUCUAAUGAAUAAAUAUGACAGUGUACUGCUGUGUCUAGGAGCUACCCACCCAAGAGAUUUACCUAUACCAGGCAGGAACUUAAAUGGAAUCCAUUAUGCCAUGAGUUUCCUUGAGACAUGGCAGAAGAAACAAGAAGGAAAUGAUAUAGAAUAUGCUAAGAUGUUAGCCAAGGACAAAGAUGUGGUCAUUAUUGGGGGAGGGGAUACAGGUUGUGAUUGUAUUGCCACAUCAUUGAGACAUGGUGCUAAAAGCAUUACAUCAUUUGAAAUCUUGCCACCACCACCUCCCAGCAGGGCACCUAACAAUCCUUGGCCUACGUGGCCCAAAGUCUUCAAGAUGGACUAUGGACAUGAAGAAGUGGAACUGAAGUUUGGUAGAGACCCAAGAAUCUUCAAUAUCAAGAGUUCUAAUUUCGUUGAUGAUGGAAAUGGCAACGUUUGUGGUAUAAAUACUGCAUUGGUAGAAUGGGUAAAGGAUGAUGCUGGUCGAUGGAACAUGAAAGAUGUUGAAGGAUCAGAGAAAUUAAUUAAAUGUGAUAUGGUAAUGUUAGCUAUGGGAUUUUUGGGACCGGAGAAGAAGAUUGCAGAUGAAUUAGCAGCAAAGCUUGAUGCAAGAGGAAACUUCCAGACGCCAAAGAACAAAUAUACCACUAGUGUACCUAGGUUAUACGCUGCUGGAGAUUGUAGAAGAGGGCAGUCAUUGGUUGUAUGGGCCAUAACUGAAGGUCGACAGGCUGCUAGACAGAUAGAUUUUGAUUUGAUGGGACAUUCCUCCCUAGCUGGUCCAGGUGGAAUAGUUUAUCAACCAGAGGAUUAAUUUAAAAGAUCAACUUGACAAUUAAUGAUGCACAUUUGGGGUGCAUUUGAAUACACAGCACUGGUGCAUCUGUGUCUUCAUAACAUUCGAGCAAUAUAAAGCACAUGGCUUGGUGUCGUGUUUUGUUCAGCGUAAAAUGGAUUUGUUAAUCAAAUAGUGUUUAUUGGUGAUUUGUACUGAACAAUUUUACUAUACUUAAAAACGAUAUGAGUUAACAUAAUACUAAAGUUUUGACCUAGUUUCACCAACAACUAGGUCACUUAUUACUUUGUAUCAUAUCAUAUGUCAAUUCUGUGAUUUGUUAUUAUAUUGAGCAUAGAUGCACAUUUAUAGUUUAUCAUUGUUAUUGCGUUAAUGACUGUUUUUAUAUUGUAAGGGUUUAAAAAUGAUUGAAAUUUUAUCAGCUUUUAUUUGUACACAGCUUUUAGAAAAUUUGUUUAAGCUUGGUUAGUUGAUCUCUGGAGAACAUAUGAUAAAUGAUUUAAAAUAUAUUGAUGAAUAAUUUAUGUAAGUCGAUUAGGUAUACAAAAAGCAAAUAUAACAGUGUGUUUAUCAGAAGAGUUAUUGGGAUUAAUGUUUAGCUAUAUACUACUUUAUAAACAGUGUGUUGUGUAAAUAUUGCUAUGAUAGGAUAUUUUCCAUUUAGUUACUAAAAAAAUAAUCCUGACCACCUAUCUACCUUGUAAUUAUUUUUUUGAAGGAAGUCUAAACAUAUAAAUUUGACCAAAUUUUGGAAGACCUUUUUGUGUUCAUAAAACUUCUGUAUAAUUGUAAGAAAGUUUUACAAGGGAUGUGCUUUAUUAUAAUGGUAAUAUAGGUUUGUCCCUCAUUACAAUUUUCUGAUGGAACUAUUUCUUGAAAAAAGGGUCAAAGCAUUGAAACUGUUUUAAAUGGAACAUUUGUUCAUUAAAAAAUCAACAGGGUAUUUUAAAAUUAUUGCUGGUACUAAGUGGUUGUCAAAAUAUAUUCUGCAAAUAUUUGAAAUAGUAUUAAUUGUUAGAACAUAUCCCUAAGCCGAGGUGUGUUAUGCAUCACCAUCUUUCAAAUCGUUAUUAUCGGUCGUCCCACUGUCUAUAUCACUCUGUUCAGCUCCUAAUAUUAUUCCGUAUCAUGUCUUUGUGACGUCAAAUACGUUGACCCGGCUUUAAUAACUUUGACCCGGACAUAUCAGCGACGUCAUAAUGUUUGAACCGACAUUAAUAACUUUGACCCGAACUUAUGAAGUCAUCUUUUGUGUGCUGGUGAAACAAAGAAAACACUUCUGAAACAUACAAAUCUAGCCCGAUAAAUAAAUUAUCAGAUUAUCUGCAUAUUGAUAUUGUAAAAUAUCAGCUGCUUGACAUAAUAUGAAGGCUUUUUGAUCUCGUUCACUACGCUCACUGGACAAAAAGCUUCAUAUUAUGUCUCGCAGCUGAUAUUUUACAAUAUCAACAUGCUGAUAACCUGAUAAUCAGUACUUAUCUAUUUUGAAUGAUAAAGAUAAUGUUACGGUUGCUAAUAAAGAGAAAAAUAUUUGCUAUGGAAGUUGUUAUGAUGAUAAGUAGAAUUAAUUUUUCAUAUUAUUUGUCCAAUCAAAUUCAUUGUUACUUUAUUAAAAUUUGAUUAUUGCAUUCAUUUUUUUCCUGUAUAAAAAUCCAACCCAUAGUCCUGAUCACUGCUUGAAAUGACAUUAAAAUAUGCAUUAUUGAGUUUUCUUCAGACAACUAUUUCGAUUUUGCUUAACAGGUAGUCUUUUUUUUCAGACGCUUGCAGUGUUAUUUUGCAAGAUGUUUUACAUUGACCCCUU